AUGUAUUCAAUUGAAUGGCAAAAAAGAGGAUUACCGCAUACCCACAUUCUAAUAUGGCUUAAAGAGAAGUUGCAGCCCAGCCAAAUAGACGACAUAAUAAGCGCCGAGAUUCCGGAUCCUGGGCAAGAUAAAGAAUUGUAUGAUACCAUCGUCCGAAAUAUGAUUCACGGUCCAUGUGGAGCACGAAAUUCAAUAUCGCCAUGUAUAAAAGAAGGAAAAUGUACAAAAAAAUUCCCUAAACAGCUAUUAAAAGAAACACAGCUUAAUGCUGAGUUUGGUUUUGGCGAGUGUAAAGAAUCGUUUUUACUAGAAAUGAGGCAUUCCAUCUUAGUCCUCAGGGGUGACAACUCAUAUGAAUUUUUUAUUAUAAAUCGGGCAUAA